AUGUCUGAUUCCACAGUGAAACAAAAUCAAGAUGAAUUUCCUUCAUUAAAAAAUAAUUUAAUAUUAAGAGCAUGUCGUGGUGAACCAGUCGAACGUGUACCUAUAUGGAUAAUGCGUCAAGCGGGUCGUUAUCUACCUGAAUAUUUAUCUAUUCGAAGUCAAAAUUCAUUUUUUGAUGUUUGUCGCACGCCAUCAAUUUGUUGUGAAGUGACACUUCAACCAUUACGACGUUUUGAUCUUGAUGCUGCAAUUAUUUUUAGUGAUAUUCUUGUUGUACCACAAGCACUUGGUAUGCAAGUUGAUAUGAUUGCUAAGGAAGGACCACGUUUUGCUCAUCCUAUUAAUGUACCAGCUGAUAUAAAAACAGCCAUUGAUCGAACUAAACAAGCAAGCGUUGAAUUAAAAUAUGUUUAUGAUGCAAUUACUUUAACAAGACAUGCACUUGAUGGUCGAUGUCCAUUAAUUGGUUUUAGUGGAGCACCGUGGACGUUAAUGUCUUAUAUGAUUGAAGGUAAAGGUAGUGAAACUCAUUCAAAAGCAAAAAAGUGGUUAUAUACAUAUGUCGAAGAAUCUCAUGAUCUUCUUCAAUUUUUAACACAUUUUAUUAUUAAUCAUCUUGUAGAACAAGUUUGUGCUGGAGCUCAACUUCUUCAAUUAUUUGAAUCCCAUUGUGGAUGUUUAAGUCAUGAUUUAUUUGUUCGUUUUUCUCUUCCUUAUUUACGUCAGAUUGCAAAAGGUGUUCGAGAUAUGUUAACACGCCGCCAAAUUCCAUUUNCAUAG